AUGACGCAACUCAUCCAAUUGGUCUACUAUGGGAAGCUCUUGAAACCUGUUGACGGCUGUGUGGUCCCACUCGGAAACAAUGCUGGACACACUGGUGUGAAUCAACUUGGAGGCGUGUUCGUUAAUGGACGGCCACUUCCGGAUGCGACGCGUCAAAAAAUCGUGGCUUUGGCCCAUCAAGGAAGGCGUCCUUGUGAUAUUAGUCGACUUUUGCAAGUUUCCAACGGGUGCGUCUCCAAGAUUUUGUGCAGGUACUACGAAUCAGGUACAAUACGACCGCGAGCGAUAGGCGGCUCCAAACCGCGAGUGGCCACAUCAGACGUCGUGGAAAAGAUUGAAGAGUACAAACGAGACCAGCCUAGUAUAUUUGCAUGGGAGAUUCGAGAUAAAUUGCUUUCUGAUAAUAUUUGCAAUAACGAGACAAUACCAAGUGUUUCUUCCAUUAAUCGGGUACUUCGAAAUUUAACAUCGAAGAAGGAGCAGCAACAAACAAUGCAGACAGAUUUAUAUGAUAGACUUCGAUUAGUAGAAAAUAAUUUUCCCUACAAUUCCAGUUGGUACGGUCAGUGGCCGCUCCAAAUGAAUGGAGCCGUUAACCUAAACCCGUUUGUUCCCGCAGCCCCACUAGAAGCCAAAAAAGAAGAGGACGACUACAUAAAAGGUCAUAAACUUUUUUACGAGGUGCGAAGAACAUCUGUUGGGGGCCCUUCCGCAAAUGGAGAGAAGGCACGCAAAGUUGGACGGUUUGAUGGUUCAUUAAGUUGA